AUGUCCAAUCCAUCAAACGCCUUCGGUGACCCUCCAGCUCCAUCACCACUCUAUGAUCCAUUCGCAGGCAAGGUAUUUGAGGUCAACUCUCGUGUGUAUUGGACUAAUCCCACAUAUCUAAUUUGGACACCAUCGGUACCUGUCUCUAUCCGCGCCACCAUUUUGAAGAAGCAUGAAAACCCCGCUGUUCCUGCAUCUUCUUCUGCACGUAUCUAUCAAUCACGGAGAAUUUCCCAGGCGAAAGCCGGAGAUGUGGAUGAAUGGUAUGAUAUCAUGUUAUUUAAUGGCGCUACAAAAUGUAGAGUCAAUGGCAAAGAGUUAAGCUGGCGUCCAGUAUUGGAAGGGUUGGAAAAUGGUCAGUAG